UUCAUUACAACAUGUUUGGCUUUCGUGGGUGACCUGUCAUAUAAAUAUAAAGUCAGAAUCUCACAAUAAUGAAAAGUCUUUUCAACUGCAAUGUAUAAAGGCUGAUCUCUGAAGACGUUGUCAGUCGUAUACAAUUGCAAAUCUAAGAGAAUUUCAAAUACAUAUUUGUUUACAGAUCAUCCGGUAUCAAGGAAUAAAGGCAGAGCACCUGGGUGAAAUAUUUGGUUUUAUUUUAACAUUUAAGAAUCCAAAUGCCAGCAGGAGCGUUCCAUUAAUGGAGUUACGGAGUGUAUGAAAAUAGGAGAGGCAAAUUUGAAUUGAGUUCGAACGUUUUCAAAGACAUUGCAUUGGUACAUCAUUUCUUCUUUCGUAAAUGGCGGAGGGUGGAGUUGUGAAAAACGACCAGGUAUGCAUGGAAAAAGUUCUCAACAAGAUUGCUGAAGAUAUCGGAGUUGAUUGGAAGAUAUUAGCAAGGAAUUUGGAAGUCGAAGAAACUCACAUAGAAAAUAUUGAUAGUCAAUAUUCACAAUUGUACGAGAAAGCAUAUCAAGUGCUUCUAAGAUGGCAUAAAAAACAGGGUUAUUCCGGAGGAAAGGAAAAACUCAUUGAAGCUUUACGGAAGAGUGGGAGAAACGAUUUGGCAGUCAAUAUAGAAAUACACCCAAGUACACCAUCAAUUGUAUUUCCACCGAUUGGUGGUGGUGAUAUAUAUGAAACAGCAUUACAAGAGAUGAGCAGAGCACUAAAUGAUACGUACAAGGACUGUGUGGGCAGCAUUAAGAAAGAUACACAACAUGAUCACCUGGUCUACGUACUCAAAGUCUUGCACAACAUACAAGAUAUGAACAAGACAUUGAUGUUAAUAGUAAAUCCUAGACAAGCAAAUUACGUCUAUUCAUAUGAAGAAUGCCGCACAAGGGAAGACAACAUUGAUCAGUUGAUAAACCUGAUCAUUGAUUCAUUGUCUGGAAAGGAAAGAAGUCUGAACAUACGAUCGAGAUCCGAAGUUGUUUCAAGAUGUACAUCUCUUAUAAUCAUCGAUCGCGAUCGAAGUUUUACAAUUCCACUAGACAAGAGAUUCUUGCUUAGAUAUGAAAAGGCCAUGGAAAAAUUGAACAGAACUCUUACAAGUAUAUUCGAAGACAGCAAACGCAAUAUUACUGCGAACACAGGAAACGAUUUACUCAUUUUCUUAUUCAGAGUAACAAAACAUCUCAGGGACAUGAAUACAAUAUUAAUGUUGACGGCUAACCCUCACCGUGGACAAGAGAACGAAUUGUAUAAAGAACGAUGCAAGAGAGAGCAAAGUAUCGAAGAGAUGAUUAAUUUGAUUAUUGAAAGCUUGUCUUCCACGCCUAGAAAGGAAGAAGCUCCAAGUUCCUCCACGAUGUAAAAUUGUCAUCAAUAUAUAGAGAUGAUUAAUUUUACUACCAGUUAAAAUGUAGGACGAAUGAAUAGCUAUAUAACUAUGAAUGUAUAUACACAAAUAUAUAGACACUGUAUUUACUUUAAUAUAGCAACAUAUGUAACAUAUUGUAAACAAUGAACUAUUUAAAUCUGACUUAUAUUCAUAGAAUGUAUUUAUACAAAUUCAACUUCUAUAUAAUUAUUUUACAAGAAGCUGAAUAAAUCUUACAUAAUUCAA